ACCACCACCAGAAAAUAAGGUUGUGUUGCAUCUCUGUUACACUCGUACUCUACAACGCGGCGGGACAGAGAUGGAGAAUAGUCAUCGGCCGUCAGCAGAACCAUCUUUAUUUCUUGUGCAACUGUUUCUCCUCGGCCGUGUUCUAGUGCAGUGCAAACGCAGGAUGGACGCCAUUCGCGCGAGAUAAUUUUUUGUUCGCUCGUGAAGCGGAGUGGAAAGCGUUCGCGAUCGGGCGUGAAGCUAUGCUGAUACAGUGAGUGUGGUGCGCGGUGGUGCUGUGGUUUCGAUCCGGCGGCGGCGUGGAGGUCGGUGCGGGUCUGCGGCGGCGGAGCGGAUGGCGGGCGCGAGCUGAGCGCCCGGGGGCACCGCUCGCGCUCCGCCGCCGGCCCGAUGAGCGGGGCACGUUCCGUGCGGCGGAGGUUAUUUUAUGGGUGUUUGCGUGAGCUGUCGGCGCCGCGAGAGGAAGGCACCGGAGAAGAGGUCGGUGCCAGGAGCGGGCGGGCCCGCUAAGGGCGCGGCGGCAGAACUGCUGCCGCGGCGCGUCAACCGUCUCACAGCCAUGGCCAACUCCAUGUCAAACAUCAAGAUGACCAACCCCAUCAAGGGCAUAGUCAGCAAGCGCCGGAUACGCUACACGAAGCACGGUUUUAACCUGGACUUAGCCUAUAUCACAGACAGGCUGAUAGCGAUGGGUUUUCCCGCCGAGAAGUUGGAAGCAGUCUACAGGAAUCACAUUGACGAGGUGAACAGGUUUCUAGAGAAGAUGCACAAGGAUCAUUACAAGAUAUACAACUUGUGCUGGGAGCGGUCGUACGAUUCGAGCAAGUUUCAAGGGAACGUGGCGAAGUACGCGUUCAAAGACCACAUGCCGCCGAACAUCGAGCUGAUCCAGCCGUUCUGCGAGGACGUGCACAAGUGGCUCAGCACCGACUCGAGGAACGUGGCGGCGGUGCACUGUAAAGCAGGGAAGGGCAGGACUGGUACAAUGGUGUGUUGCUACCUCCUGUACAGCGGUCAGAUGGCGACCGCGGACGAGGCGCUCAAGUUCUACGGCACUAAGAGGACAUUAGACGAGAAGGGCGUGACGAUCCCGUCGCAGCGGCGCUACGUGGAGUACUACGCGGCGCUGCUGCGGUCGGGCGUGCAGUACCGCGCCACGAAGGUGCACGUGCGGUCGCUGGUGCUGUCGCCCGCGCCGCCCGCGCUCAACGGCUCGCACAGCGCGCCCGAGCUCGCCAUCUCGCAGGCGCACCCGCCAUUCAAGACGCCGUCGGGCUGCCAGGAGGUGUCCCGCACGGAGACGGGGCUGCGCGUGCACCUGACGCACUGCACGCCGCUGUACGGCGACGUGCGCGUCGACGUGUACAACAAACCCAAGCUCAAGAUGGGCAAGGAGAAGAUGUUCCACUUCUGGUUCAACACGUUCUUCGUGGCGUCCGAGCUGGCCGAGGGGGCGCAGCGAGUGACGCCGCUGCCCGACAGUCAGUACCGUCCCAACUUGGAAACGUUUAAACUGACAUUAAAUAAGUGGCAGUUAGACGACGCCCACAAGGACAAGCAACACAAAAAUUAUAGCCCAGAUUUCAAGGUGGAGCUGAUCAUCCAGAAGAUGCCGGAGUCGUCGCGGUUCGUGGCGCACGCGGAGUCGCGCGCGGCGUCGGCGGCGUCGUCGUCCGCCUCCUCGUGCUCCGAGCCCGACACCGAGCCCGACGCGCACUGGGACUCCGGUGAGCACGCGCGGCCCCGCGUCAGGGCCUGUUGGCGAGACUUCAGCGGACGGUUCGCGGACCACGGGCGCCAGCGGACCGACGGCGCCUAGCGACUGUCUGUCCGUCUCUUGUCUGUACCGGCGCCGAUGUUGAUUACGCUAACGUCACCUGGCGCAUGUUAACGAGAUUCGUCGAAUCCAGCUCGAGACCUCGUUCAGGGUCUACCCCGCGAACUGUUCACACAUUGAUCCUCAUUAGUCGCAGGGUGAAUUUGUAAAGUGCGGCAAUUGUAGUCUAUCGAUAAGUGACGAUUUGCGAGUGAUGUCAGCUAUUUUAUCGAUAAGUGCGGUAGUGUUGUUUAUUUAUGAUAUUGUGUUUUACAAAUUCAUUCUGUAACGUUUUCGAUAGUAUCGACCUGCUUUGACGGGGCCGGAAAUUGUAUACAAUUAUAUUAUUAUAAAUCGUGUACACUCUCGUAAUAAUAGUUAAGUUCGGAUAGGUGUUCUACGUGAAAAAUAUACGAUAGUAAAGCCACUCGCACACAAUGCAUAAUCGUACACUAGGGAUUCAUCAACUAUUUUUUUUGUGAUGUAAUAACGACUGAAAAAUGCGUAUAUUGUUAUAAUAUUCAAAUGCUUUAAACUUUUGUGCGAUAAAAUAUUAUCGAUAUUUUAAAAUUGUAAUAUGGAUUUCUGGAAACUGAACAGUGCAAAAGUUGCUGAUGAUAUUAAUAUAAUUGAAAGCAAUCAUUUGCGCUAAUAAGCUUGAGUUUCGUUUCAUAUGCUUUCUUAUACGUUUAGUAUAAGACAUUUUCAUAUGGGACUUGUAACAUUUACGUUACUUGAUAGUCAAACAUGUGUUUGAUAUUCAUAGAUUACAAAGCUUACCAAAAUCGUUAUUUAAGUGAUGAAGACUUACAAAAUAAUAUCGAUUUAUUUAAUAAUGCAUCGUAAAUGAUUGUCAAGUAUUGAUGAAUCCUGUGAGUGUUAAAAACAAAGAAGAGCUAUCUUCAUAAUUCUUCGAAUAAAAAAUACAUUCAUUUCUAUUUAUCUAUAACUCUAUAAUAUGAUCUCAUGUACAACGAGUUGUCAUCGUGUGCGAGUGAUUUUAUAAAGGUUGUGCAAGAUAUUAUGGUGCAGCAAUAGAUGUGGAAUGGAUAGGAUCGAACAUUUAUAUAUGGGUUCCAAGAAAACUGGCAGGAAAAGUGAUGGCAGUUAAUAUUGACAUACAUAUUGAAUGUAUGGAUGAGUAUUUGUGUUGAAAUAAAACUACUUCGUGGAUUUUAUUGGGGUUUUUUAUAUUACAAUUUUCUCACGACGUAUUGAAGACUACAUACAGCCUUCGUGGUUACGGGACGUACUCAAAAACAGUGAUAAGAUCCGCCAAAAUAGGUUUAUCUCUGUCUAGCUCUCGUAAACGUAAUAAAUCAAUAUGAGAUUUGUGGUCAAAAUCUCAGGAUGUGAUUGAAAAUUGGUCUAAUUGUUUCUGGAGAAAUACAUUGUGGUUUUUUUGAGUAAUUAUUAUUAUUAUUUUAUUAAAAUAACAUUGAAAUUUUGUUAUUACCGUCUAGUUUUAGUUGAAUUUAGUAGCCACAUCGACAAAUACUGAAGAUAAAUUUUGCAUAGCAAUUUAUAACGGUCGAUAUUCUCCACAACAUUUUGUAUGUAUGUCAAUUAUAGGCGUCUACUUUAUUAUUAUGAGUAAAUAGUUUUUAUAAUUAAUUAAUUAUGUUUAUCGAUUUUAAAUAGUUAUACUUAGAUAAUGGGAGGCGAGCGUAUGUUCGUAUUUGCGAUGAUCUCUUACUAAUAACGAAUUUUCGAUAUGAUUCCGUGGUUAGAUAGCGCGUCAAUAUUCCGCGUCUAUACAAUUUCCAUUUUAUUCAUAUUUUCUAUAUAAUAUAGUGUUUUAUUCGUCGAUAGUCGAUAAAUAACAGUGUUUGUACUAAAAAGUGUUAUCGAUCGAUCGAUAAGUUAUUUUCGAAGCAUGUUCUUGUUAGCGUCAUAUUUUUAUGUUUUAAGAUUGUUAUUGUUUUUUAACGAGUCGAUGUUACACACAGUUUAUUACAGACACUGUGUAAAUCAAGUUUCUAGGUUUUUCCACUCUCUUUCUUUAUAUAAUCUAGUCGCACAAAUGUUUUGGUGUUGAAAUUUUCGUUUAUGAAUUUUGAAGUCCUAAAAAUAUAUCGAUACCCAAUCAUCACUAUUGAAGGAGUAGGAUUGUGUGUAGGCAAAUUUUUAACACAUUAUUAUGUGGAAUGGUCUCUGUGUGUAUGCAUUUUUAUAAUCGCGAUCAUAUUUAUAUAGUGGUGUGAAAAAUAUCGAUAAAUGGCCAUGAUUCCAAAGUAAUGCCAUUUUGUGAGAAUUAUAUAAAAAGAACUUUUUUCAAAUUUUAACAUGAUAUUUCUCGAUAUUUUUAUUUCCAUUCAAUAACAUACGGUAGAGGCGCUUAGUGGAGUAUUUAGUUCACCAACCAAUUGUUUGUCAUAUUAACACAAAGCACUAAAUCUGAUGUUGAUAAUCGGUGAAGGAAGCUUGAACUUUCGGGUGUCAUGAAACCUUAUCGAUACUUUAAAGUUUGCGAUACGUAAAUUUGUCGAAUAAAACGUCGUAUCGACUCUCCGCGUCACGUUUAUUAUAGUCAAUUUAUCGAUAGACUCAGCGUGUGAACAAAAACUUUUUCCAGGAAUAUCUUUUUUUUUAUCUCAAAUUUUGAAAAAGUUAUUGAUUUCCAGCAGGUCAAAUUUUCCGUCCCGAUCUAUUUUGUUAACUCUGAUUUCGCCCAUAUGGUCUUAUAUGUGUGUGUAUGUGUGAUGAAAUGUCUAGAAUAAUGUGUAGCACGUAUUAAAAUAGGGUAGUUGACGACAAACAAUAAUAGCAUAAAUAUAAAUAUAAAUAAAUAAAAUAAAAAACUCAAUAAGUUCAGCCAUAAUUUUUAUUCAAACAAAGCAUUUAAUUGAUCCAAUAUUUAGGAGCGUCUGUCCUGUUCUAGCAAAUGUGUUUUGAUCCAAAAUUAAACAGCAUUAAAGAUAGAUGUUAUUUUCAUGCUGUUUUCUCUCUAAUAUCGAUUUUCUUAAUUCUUCUAUCUUUUAUUUUUUUUUUAUUUUCACUUUGAAUAAGUGAUUUAUUUGUUUUUAAUAUUUUGAUCAUACUGUGUCAACUACCUUAUUGGAGAACCGUCAGUAGUAGGUGGUGGGGUGUAAAAGUCGGUACAGAGCAGGUUUUUAUCUGGGUAGAGUGAGGUUGGUGUCUUGAGGUAUUUUUUAUCGAUGUUUCACUAAUCGAUACUGCACUUGACGUUGAAUUGUUAUCGAUAGAAUGUGCAUCUCGUAUCCUGAAGGUAAAAUUUCGCUCAACCCUGAGAUCGGCUCUGUACUCUAUGAGCGCUUGUAGAGUUAUCUGACUUAUUACCGAACUGUUACUGCUAUUGUAUGCAAUCUUUUUGUUCGAAAAAUGGUAUUUUCUAAUUUACAAACCACGUUAUAUUUUAUUUUCCAUAAUCUAUUUAAGAGACGGAAGUCUAUAAGCGCUCCUUCUAUAAUGUACGUUUCUCGAAAGAAUAUUAACCAAUAAAUUGUACGAACGCAAAUAGUUCAUGCAAUUUGUUGACAAUUUAGUAUCGUUAAACGUGUCCACUUGUGGUAGUAUAGACGUCGACAAACAACUUGACCGAGUAUGCGAGGUCUGUGCGGAGUGAGGGAGACGGAAGUUGCUUUAUCUACCAAUCGUUCGGUCGAUACGUCGUACGGACAUCCGAUGGGUGAAGUUGUUUGUCGACAGCUACAUGUGGUUGUGUAGUAACCGUGUGGUUGGUGCAGGGCAGAUGUGCGAGCGCGUGGGCUGCUACCGGCAGCUGUCGCCCGACCACUCCAACAACACGUAACUAUGCGCACGCGCCGGCGGCCGCGCCACUGCACGCCGCGCCGAAUCUAUCAAUAUUAAUUAAUGAUCACAUGCUAUUGAGCUGUAGGUGGAUAAGAGCUAAAUUGAUAAACCAUUAUGUAAAAUCUGGCUUAUAUUCGUUCUGUAGAACGAUAUAGGCAACAUCUGUAUUUCAUCAAAUAGGCAUCUACUUAAAUUUAGCCUAUAAAAUCAAAUAAUCUCAAAAACUUAGUUGAACGUAAAUUCGGUUUAUCCAAAAAGUAUCAACUAAUUGACUAUCCAUGUUUAAUUCUUUGAGAAAUACAUUUUAUUAAAAAAAGAAACAAAUUAGCAUAUUUUGUUGGAUAAAGUAUCGGAGUGCGGCGUGUAGUCGCGUGGUCGCCGGCGCUCUGAGUUGAAGCACGUUUGUUGCGUUUAGCUUGUCACCACAUUAAUGCCGCCUCACUGUUUUUCGUUUAUAGCUAAUUUCAUCGCUUUACACGCAGCAGUUUAUAAUUAUAUUAUUAUUUUUAAUAUUAGUAUUUUUGAUGGACUUGCAGAGAGUGGAAAUUGACUAUCAAUUUUUAAAUAUCAUAUGUAUAAUAACAGUUAAAGAAAUAAUUUACAUUGCAUCUAUUAAAACCUUUGUGUAUGAUGAAUGCUCCUGAUUUGCACUCUCUGGAAUUUCCAAUGAAAAUUAAUUACCAAAUUUUUUCAUUUCAGAAAACCAUUCAUACUACGCCUAUAUGUUUCAUUAUUCUUUCUGUGUUUUAUGUUUCUGUGUUGUCUUAUAGCUUGUUACGAUGCGAAUACAAUGAAUUUUUAGGUCACGAUAAAAAAAACAAAACAUCGAUAUAUCGAUAAAAAUAAUCGUGUUCGUAGAGUAACGACUGUGCUGUCAUUCGCAUGCAUUAUGUAAUGGUGCUGUACAUACUUAUUUUAUCGACAUCUCUGGUUUUAUUCAAACAUAUUAUUACAGCAAUAUUGCAUAUAGUUUUUAAAACCAUGUAUUGACUGGGCAACAAUUGCAAGACAUGACGCUCAACAUGUUUUUCAACUAUACGUGUAUCUUUGUACGGGCAAUUUGCUAUUCCAAAUAUGACCCUUAUUGUUUAUCGUGUAUUGCGCAUCAGGAAUUGCCUAAUGAAUACAUGGUUUUGUGUACAUGCGACUGUGUAUAAUGCCGGUUGCAUGGAGCCUUAUUGUCUCCCAUCUGUGUGGAUUGUGUUAUGUGUACAUAUCAAAAUUCACAAAACUCAUGGACAUGGGCGUGGCAUAUAGUAAUUAUAGACGUUGCAGUGUGCUAUUAAAAUUAUAUAUAUUGAAUUGCGAUUUUGGCAGACACUGCCGUAUGUUUAGAUUGGCAGGUAAUUGUCAUUUAUAAAACUAAAGAUUGUCAAGAAUUCAUAUGUGCAUUGCUAGUAAAAAAACAACUCAGACUUACAGUUUCAGUUGAAUUUAAUAUUUAAAUCGAGGCAGUUAAAAUUCAAAUUGUACUGAAAAUAAAAUCGAUCUAGAUAUGGCAAAGUUUAAAUUAGGAUCAUCAGUAUUCAGCCACGCCGAUGUUCACGCCACCUAUUUACGUACCUAACAUCAUUCGCUAUACAUACGCUUGGCACAUAUGAAACGCAUCACACAUGCCACAUGCAGAUAUUACCGACGUACAGACCGGUGGCUAAUGUUUGCACGAAUAUAUAAAAAAGCCACCGAGUGUUAACGGUUUAUAUCGAAUUUUUGGGCUUGCAAAUUUGGGCUUCAAUGCCUUAUAUUAUUUUGGUAAAAAGAAAAGUAAUAUUAAAUUUUUGAUUAUUUUAAUAUAAAAAGGAAGUUAGUGUUUUGGUGUGUUAAGCCCAAAAAUUCGUCGUUGAAGCACGAUAUCUGUGGGUGGCAUUGUCUGACGUCCACGUGGUUGACAUGGGUUUCUUACAUUUUCAGGUGAAUCCACGUACUUGUGAGGGUGGCACGUGGGCUCGGUGACUCACAACUCACCUGUAUACAUAAACCCUCCGCUUACACACCUCCUCCCCCCUCUCUAACUCGGUGCAAGACGAUCCGGAGCCUUAGCAUAGUGAUGUUGCGAAAACUAGUGUUCUAUGUGUGUCUAAAUUGUGUAGAGUUUUAUCGUAAGAGGGUUGUGCCAUUGCCGCGUAAGGACGCGUCCCGUGACGAACGCUGCCGCGCGACCACACAUGUGAUAUAAAGUGUGCUGAAUGAACUAUGGAGACGUUGUCAUGGUACUAAAACAUCGAUAUCGAUGUCCAUUUAUUUUUCACUUUUCCUCCGCAAGCCUUCGACUGUAAUAUGGAUGGUCACAAGGUAUGUUCGCAUCUAUGUAAAACGUAAUUCUUAUGACUGAUAUAAGUACAUUAUUUUCUGUGUACAUUACUUGUGAAGAGCUGUUGUUUUUUUUUUCAUGUGACUGUCGAUACAAUGUAUCGACUGUCGUUUCGGGUGUGUAGUGCACGAUUCGUUUUAAAUAUACUCUAAGUUUUUUUUAAUCGAGCGCAAUGUCGCGGAUUUUUUUGAAGGAUUACCAUCUUGGCGUCACUCGCGUGUCGUCGACUUAUUUUGAUAGUCCAUUGUGAAAGAUCUUUUUGAAAAAUCCGCGGCGAUUGUUACAAAGAAAAGUAUAGAGUAGUAUGCUAUAGUUAGGUACCGGCCAGUGUUGAAGAGAUUCUGUCGCGACGAAUGAAUUUUAUAAAAUGUGGAAAUGACUACUGUUCGAAUUGGAAAGAGAAAUAAUAAUAUGUUUAUUAUAGAACAUCGUAUUAAUUUUUAUGUGUACAUUAGAAUUCAAUGUGAAAAUCACGGAAAUUUGGCGGGUGUGUUGUCGCAUGGUUGAAUAUGGCAAUAUUGGGCCUUAUUUAGAUUUUGUUUGAGUAUACGAUACGGCUAUAUACUGCACAUAAACUCUCUAAUCUCGCAGUAUUAAUCGAUUUAAAAUCGGAUACUUUGACAGCAUCGCAUUAUCUAUAUAGAGACUGCAAGCCCUCACAGACUGCAGAACUUUUAUCGAUAGAGUCCAGUUUUAGAUCAGACUCAGUGCUGUACAUCACCGAAUCGUUAUAUUGUGAGAACUGAUAUUGAUAAAAAAAAACUAAAUUAUCGAUUUAAGAGUCUGUACUAAUAUUCCUUAUAGUUACAGUAUGAGGACUUAUCCCGAUUAAAAAGUCGGAACUAUCGACUAAAAAGUCUGUACUCUGCAAAGGCCCUGAAGGUUAAAAGUGAAUAUCGUUCCCGACAGUGUACCUGCCAGGUUCCCGUGAAUAAAUCGAUAUAACUUAGUGUUUCUGGUUACGACUUAAAAUUGUGAGAAAACAUAAUAAGGAACCAAUUUCAUGGUGGUGCUCUUAAUUUUUUGUUUUAUUCUUCGUCAAAAUAUUAAGAAGAUAAACUUUCUAUGUAUUCAAAUGUACUAUCGAUCAUUCGCGUUUACUUAUCGAUAAUGUGACGGUAAAAAAUAAUGUAUUAUUUUCUGUGGAAAAUAAUGUGAGGUUUGUGUUAUGCUGUAUUGUGACAAAUUCUUUUUAUCGAUUUAAUUUUAUCGAUACAUACGUUCUGUUUUUAAAACUUUAUUCGAUAUUUGAAUUUCCAUUAUCGAUACGUAAACGCGAGCGUCAUAAUAUAACGAGUCGACCAACAUUACCCAUGCCAACGAAUUAUCAACCAAAACGUAAUAAACGUUAUCUAUUCACAAACCAUCUCUAUUGAAAUCUUUUAGUUAAUAUCCUUUUAUAUGUUAAUUGUAAAAGAAAUACAAUGCCGUAUGCGCGAGGCAGAUUGUCCCACCAGCUUAGGUCCCGUUGAGGACGAAUAUUUUUUUUUUUUGUAUAUUUUCAAGAGAUCUCAUUGACUGCAGUCAUAUUUGUUUUAGGCUUUGGGUGGUCAUUCUGGGGGGGCUUUUUCAUAUAAUCGAUGUUUUUGAGAUAUUAUCCGAAUUUUACUAACAUAGUGUCAUUUUAAAUUGAGUAAAAUGUGUAUUUUAUUUUUUAAAAUGGCGCACAUGUUUGACGUCAUAAUUCUCUGUAAACGAAUAUAACUGUGUGUAAAAGUUCUCCCAAACGUUCCACCCGAUAUAAAACUGCUAAAACACAUUUUGUUGCAUAAAACCGUUAUUUUGUAAACAUAUAUGAAGGCCUACAGACACCCGUUUGUGAUGUAAUACAGAUAAAUUGCGUUAAGUGAAUAACUGCGGCCUUAUGUGUAUGAAUACAAAUGUAUUAUGAACUGUAUGCACCGAGUGGGUCACACUAUGGAUGGAAAAUAUCAAUAAAAAAUUGCAACAGUGCAAUUUUUGUUCAAUUAUAUUAUUAAGCUUUUUUCAUGACCCGACCCCUUUUAUUUUUUACUUCUACUAUAAUUUCUUGGCAAAUUAUUUUCUGACAUGUAUAAUUUCUUUUUAUCUGUUGACUCAUUUUUAAGUGAAAAAAAAAAACUUUUUUCUUAUAAAAACUGUUUUUUUUUACUGUUUUAAAUGUUCCCUUUGUAGUGUGAACCACUUCGGCACAGAUAUAACACGGUGUCCAAAACAAACGGAGAAAAUAAUUAUUUUUAAUUGUAAAUAUUAUUGUUAUGAUACAUAGUGGUUAUUUGAGAUCUGUUUUCUUCAUCAUAGUUUAGAUAGUCGUGUUGCAACCGAAUCGGCUUCUGACCGUCGCGAUUUCGGUAAAAUCUACACAUUACAACGAGGCGAAUCGUCCGAAAAGAAAACUUUUGUCGAAAUCGCGACGGUCAAAAGAUUUUUUUGGAUGAAAGAAUUUUAUCAUUCUGACAAUAGUUACUUAACUGAAUGCAUGGCUGGCCCAUGCGCGAAAUAAUAAAAAAAAAACAUGUGUAACUUUGGAAUCAUACCAUUAUUGUACGCUUAUUUUUGUACGUCUUCAGUGAGAAAUAAUUGCAAUAAAGCCUAUUUUCCCAUAGCGGCGUAUUCGAAAUAAAGGCAAAGGAUUGGCAUCCGAUACUCAUGCGGUCGACAUGCGGCCCCUUUGCGACUGAUGACCCUUCCCCCUCUGGAAGUGGCGACAGCAUCAGGCCGAGUUCUGGACUCGCGAGGACUAGAGUGGCCUUAGUGACAUUGUAAAAUCUCUUUUGGAGUUGUAUUUAGUGGUUUUGGUUAUGGUAUUUUUUUCAUAUGUAGUGUUCAGCCACGCUUAAACUUAUUCGCUAAGCAAAUGGUGUUACGUGAAGUCAUUUAGUACAAGCGCGUAGUGCCACAUUUGACUACGUUGUCUCUGUGGAGACGUAUUGUCAAUUUGUUAAGCAUAAGAUUACGCUGUAGGCCGAACCCGAAGUUUAAUAAUCUUUAUGAAAAAAGUCCAUAACAGCCAUCUGUGGUAUGAAUUCACACCUAAUCCGUUUUAUCUAUUUUACUUUUAUAAUUAUUAAACAGUUAAGUCACUCUGGUCCCCGCGGGCUCAGUUAUUCGUUUGUUUCUAUGACGUUUUGCGAGAGUUGAAGGAUUAUUGUGAUAAAGUGGCUUGGUAGUUAGCGGCGGCUCAAACCGAUGCGGCCUGAACACUGGUUCGAUUCCCGAGCUUGUACCUCGUUGCGGCUGGGUCAUGCGUCGUAUCCAACGGGAGCAUCAUCCCGUUCAGUUCCUAUACGACAGCGAGAUUAAUGACCCGUGCUUAAGUCAAUUAAAUUGGGUGAUGUGGGGUGAUUUGAGCCGUCAGCGGGGAUGAGAGAAUUCGAAAAAAAUGUCAUAAGUGUUGACCGACUUGACAAUUCACAACGUCAAAGUGUUUUGCGAAAAAAUUAACUCUAACCUUUAUGGCGUUUUUAUUGAAUUCUUAAGUUAGCAUAGUAAGGAAUAAUGAAUGAUUAAUGUUAGUAUAGAUCGUGUUUAGAUAGGAAUUAUUAACGUCAUAGAAAUGAAAAAAAAAAAAAUUACAAAAAAUUUAAAAUUUGUUCGUUUAGGUUAUAUUUUUUAAAAUUUCUUUAUUGAUAAGGAAAAAGUAGUCACACUAAUACUUCCAGUUUGUUCAAAAUCGAAAACAAUUUGUUUUUUUUUUUAAGUGUCAUGAAUUUGUUUCUUUGACUAAUUAGUUUGUAAUUUUUUUAUGGUAUCGCUUUCAGACGAAACUUAAUUUAAGCGUUUUUGGCUCACAUUCACGAUUUCCGUGCGUCGUUUGAUGUUAAUUUUAUUUUUGUCCAAAUUUUUUCUGUAAAUAAUGUCGAAAUUCUAAAAAAAAAUUGAAUAAUGAUUUGUGCCGAUCGAUUUUAAGUGUAAAUGUUAAGCAGCGAAUUACAAUCUAUUUGACGUCCGGUUUUUAAUAACGCGAUAUAUAUCAUCAAGUACAAAUUUAGAACUUUAGUUUGGACCGUCUCGUGCGGACGGGAGCGGGCUAAGUCAUUUAACUUAUUCUCCCGAUAUGAAUGAUAUUUUUAAAUGUAAAGAAAAAAACCAGCCACCUUUAGUAUUAAAGUAACCCCAUUCCAGGUAGAAGUUUUGACGAAUUGUUUUUUUUUUAUUUGUUUACACGCGAUGAAAACUCGUUAUUGGUUCGCUCGACCUCCCCACCACCACUUCCCCCUGUCCCCUCAUAAAGUUUUUAGCUUUAAAGAUUGUUGUUUGCCUUACAAAAAAAUGUGAUCUUAUGACGAUUAUACUUAAAGGAUGCCGCAGUGCGUCGCGGCCGUGGGACGUUUGUGUCGUGUUUUAUGCCAUAUUAUACAUUAUACUAACUGGUAUUUCUGUUCCGAGUCUUGAAAAAUUGUCUUCGUCUUCUUUAAAACUGAUUUUUGUCUCAACUGUUUUAUAUGUACUUUCACAUUUAAGAUUACGUUAAAAGGGUAUCCCACCUUUAAAACUCCAUUCACAAAUUAUCUAAACAUAACUUUUCAAUUCAAUGUGAAGUUACCCUCAUUUGGGAAUUGAACACAAACGCCUCGCGACCGCGACGAAUAUGAAAGAAUAUGCCUUUAUAAUGAUAACAAAUUGAAUUAUGUAAUAUUGUAAGAUUUGACAAACGUGAGGUGCGGUAGGCUCUGUGAAACAUACCGGUCAAUUGUGGGCGCUGAGGGGAGAGAUUUACUGAGGCGGGUUUGAUUUUAGGUGAGAAAUUGUAAGGUAUAUUAUGGGUCGUUUUGACUUUGCAUACGACGGAGUAGCAUGCUACAAUAAGCUAAGAAUCAAGCCUGUUUAUUAUAUAAAUUUAAAUUAAACUUAAAAAAUAAAUACCCACAUUUGAUAUCUUGGUCAAAAAGUAUUAACAAAAAUUUUAAUCGUAACUGAAUAAAAUAUUUCCAUGUUUUUAAAUUGCAAGAAACGUAUAAGCAAGUUAGCUCAUGACAACUUGUUGGGUAAUAAAGCGCUACGCGAGCAAGAAUGGCCUAUCUGCGAACUUCGCUACAAAAUUCCAUGAGACUGAAAUUGUUAGUCAGGUGAUUGAUAUAUUUGCAGCAUUAAUAAGAGUAUUUCGAAUAUGAUUUGUUUCUGUCGACGUUUUUUACAAGUUUUAUAAUCCUUUUUGAAUUAACAUUUAAUAUGUCAGUUAGACCAUUCUUGCCCCGAUGGUUUUAUUUCUUUUAUUAUCCCUUUUUCUAUCCGUACUUGUUACUAAUGUAAAAAAACAGAAUGGAUGAAAAAUUACGCUAAACCUUACACGAUAUAUCUGCCAACCGCCUUCGCACGUAAAUUGUAUCUCUUAAACUAUAAUGUAAAGAUUUUUCGAAACGAUUAAUCGUUUUGAAAAAUCGUAUUGCUAACAGCAGAUAUAUACGCCAUUAAUACAAGUAAAGCUCUCCCCACGACGUUUUUUUAAGUUAUUUAAGGAUCGUAAAAAAUUCUUAGUUCCACAAUCAUUGUUAUAAGCAAAAAUGUAAAAUUGUUUUAUCUUAGUAAGUAAAAGAUCUCAUGUCUUAUUUCUUUUGUUUUGUCUUUUUUAUAUUUUGAAGAAGUUCGGAAUAGUCGAGUUGAUUUAAAGACAACCAAUGUAAAAUAUAUUGAUGUACAUAA